AUGAGCUUCUCAACUUUGGAAAGACAAAAUGAAUUGAAAGAUUUACUCUCUCCAAAGGAAGAAUCAUCUGAUAGUGAAGAAUUCCCAGAAAGCCAAUCUCACUCCACUCAAAAUAUUGCACCAAGCAAUGUAAAUACUCACCAGCCAAAGUUUGAUUUCCGAAGCACUGUAUCAAAUCAAAUCCUUGCAAGUAAUAAUAAUAGCAGUGACGAUGAAGACGAUGCAAAAUAUAGUGUUGAAAAGACAUCCAACAAUAGAAUUUUCGAAGAUGUCAGUAAUACAAGUUCAGUACAGUCACCAAAUACUGAACCUCACAAUAAGGAAGAAAUACCAACUCAUAAGGUUGUACUUCCAGAACAUCAACAGAGUUAUCUUUUCAAUCAAUUAAAACAAUCCUACAAGGAAGAGGAAGACUUGAACUCACCACAAUCAUCAGAAGCUACAAGUCCACAACCUAAUUUCGAAGAUCAUACCUCCAAAUCUCAACAACAACAAUCGAUUAUGGAAGAGGCUGAAAAGUUGCAAACAAUUUCACAAUUCUUCAGAAAGACCGAGAAUACUGGAUCAAACAAGACCAAGAGGCUAUCAAAUGCAAGCAUUAAGAAUGUGCCUAUCAAUACAUCAUCCACUACUGCUCAAUCUAAUAAUGAAGAAGAAGAAGACUUUGAUUCAUGGUUUAGUAAUAAAAUAAAUUAG